GAAAUAUUUUUCUUCACUGUGAACAAUCAUCUUCGAUUGAAGCUUCUGGCUAAGGUUCAAUGUCCGACUCCGACAACUCAAUCUGGGACUCUGAUGAAAGUUUAACGUCUGAUUGUGAUAGUGAAAAUUCGUCCACUUACACCAAACGAUUGUUAGACAUGGAUGAGGUGGUCGAAGACGCACAAUUGUUCGCGAUAGGAGACGACGUCACAAUCUUAUUGUUCGUGAUUACUUUAGAGAUUGGUGAAAGUACUGCAGUUGAAUGUCUCAAGCGUUUUUGCGAUGCCAUAAUCGGAAUAUAUGAGAAAGAGUAUCUAAGAAAACCAAAUGAAAAUGACAUAGCUAGGUUGCUUAAGGAAGCAGAGAUUCGUGGUUUUCCAGGCAUGAUUGGGAGUCUUGACUAUAUGCAUUGGCACUGGGAAAACUGCCCAACGGCUUGGCAUGGUACACACACUAAUGGUUUCAAAAGGGUCCCUACCCUCAUUUUAGAAGCUGUAGCAUCUCAAAACUUAUGGAUUUGGCACGCUUUCUUCGGCAUGGCAGGUACGAACAACGACAUCAACGUUUUGGAUAGAUCUCCUCUGUUUGAUGACAUUAUUAAUGGAGUUGCUCCACCUUGUGAAUUUGCAAUACAAGGUAAAAAGUAUAAUAUGGGGUAUUACAUGUCGGACGGAAUUUAUCCCAAAUAUGCCACACUAAUUCAAACUAUCUCUAACCCAGGUAAUGAUAGAGAGGAAUUAUUUUCUAAGCGACAAGAAGCUGUGAGGAAAGAUGUGGAACGAGCUUUUGGAGUUUUACAGAGUAGGUGGUGAAUUGUAAAGGGCCCAGCGCGUAAUUGGAAGGCAAAAGACCUUGGUAAAAUAAUGAAGACGUGUAUUAUCUUGCACAAUAUGAUUAUCGAGAAUGAAAAACCUCAAGGAAUUGAUCCGGAACGAUGGGAGCCUCAUGUAGCAGAAAGAGUUAGGCUUGUUAAUUUAGAGCAUGAUCAUCGCUUUCUUGUUUGCAGGAUGAUGUAUGGAAUGAAACAAGUUCGAAGCACCGAAGCACAUGACACACUGAAAACUGAUCUUAUCAACCACUUGUGGGAUACACAUACGAACCAAAGCAACGUCUCUACUAGAAAUUAAUGAUAUCCACUUCUGGAUUCACCGGGAGAAUUUUUUUAGGGGUGGUAGCUGGUGUUGUUGCACGAGGAAUUGGCUGUGUUACUAAUUGGACUGCAGAAAUCCUUGCAAUUCUUUUUCUGUUUGUGUUGGGUUGGUCAGACAAGAUUUAGUGACAUCUGAUUCAAGUGCUGCAAUUUCUGCGACAAAAUUUAGUGACAUCUGAUUCAAGUGCUGCAAUUUCUUCUUUCAAAUCAACACCUCCUUUCCUGCCAGAUUUAGAAUGGCCUGAUAUGUUAUAUUUUCAUUUUCUGUAACUUUAUCACCUUUCAGUUCUCAGUUCAUUUUCUGUAACUUUAUCGCCUGAUAUGUUAAAUUAAAACGAUUUAUGAUCAGGUAAAAAAUCCAGUACCCCUUUGUUGUUUUAA